GUACUAGUAGCUGCCGCUCCAUCGCGGAAGCUCACAUUUUCGCAGAGGGAGAAGUUAGUUAGUUGGUUGGUUGCGCGCAUUGGUAGAUCAGUAUUCUGGUUGCUGUCUUACGAGUAUUCUCUGCGCUUCAUACCAAUGCGAUUACUCCAGGGCAGUGGCAACAUUACGGCAACCGUACACAGAUAAGCGGGAUUCACGGUGGAUGACAGUGGCUAGGGAUACAGUGUGUCAGCUUUGACUUCGAGGCACACGCGCACCAGGCCCUGCCUGCGCUUCACGUAUUCACCCUGUAUAAUAGUCGUAGUUUGACGUCUACAUGAUACAUAAUCCCCCUGCUCCUGAGGAACUGGACCAGCUUUAGCUUCGCCGACUAAACCGCCACUCCAUAGCAAAGCUAGGGCCUCGCGUUGUGAUUUCUCCACUGGGUAGAUCUGCUACGCUGUUGGAGUCUUAGUCUUAGCUUUCAUGCAACAUCCCCCAGUCAUAGUCCUAGACUCCAGUCUAUUCUACAGCAACCUGUAACAAAGGACUGACGGCUGGCACGUUCUGCGAACGCGACGUGGAGUGUGAAAAGAUCUCUCUCUCUCUUUGAUCCAGCUGAGCGAACUGAGGGAUCCAGUCACAGUGCAGUGGUGAACCAACACUCACUUCUCCCCCGCAUUUCUACUCACUGUCACAGCCAGAACGCCAACACUAGCGCAGCCUCAUCCGCUGUCAAGUAAGUCGAAGGCAUACGUGAUCAGCGCUCCGCAUGAUGCAGGCCUGCUGACUGCUGUCAUCGCGUGUGACUGGUUCUAGCCUCUACUCGGAGUACGGUGUGGUAGUGCGUGGACGCAUACAUACGGAUAGGAUAAAUUAGGUGCACCGCGUGGCACUUCAUUCAUUAUUGUGGCUUCAGGUGGCGAUAGGAGGACAUUUUAGUAUCGUGUCUGGUUGGGAGAGAUCGAAUCUGCUGUCUUCAGAAGUUCAGUAUUGCAACUAGUCUUUCAGCUCCGUUGAAUUUCUAUCGUCAUGAUGAGUGACGGCUCGGAUUCCCUAAGUUUUUCUUGCCUGUGCAUUCUGGAAUCUUAUGCACGUAAGAGGAAGAGGACAGAUACGGAAUCCUCCACUAGCAGCAGUCCGUAUGGCAGCAGCUCAUCCGGCAGAAGUUCAUAUGGCAGCCGUUCUUCUGGCAGUAGCUCAUCUAGUUCAUCUAGUUCGUCUGGAAGCAGUAGCAGUGAUAGCAGCGACACGGAAUCCUCAGAUUCAGAAUCCGACAUCCCUAGGCCUAGUCAACUUGAAUCCGACACUGCUGCUAGUCAACUUCCGCUUAGCGACUAUCAUCUCAGACUCCGGGCCCGCAGCAGGAGAAGUAGCCAGGACAACAGCAGUAACGUUAUUGUGAGCAACAGCAAUAGCAGCGUCAAAAGCAGUGGUCAAAGCAGCGACAGCAAUAGCAGCAUCAAAAGCAGUGGCCAAAGCAGCGACGGCAAUAGCAGCGUCAAAAGCAGUGGCCAAAGCAGCGACAGCAGCGUCACCACUGGCGAUCUUAGCAGCGAAAGCAGCACCAGCAGCGGUACCGAAUCCGAUGAUUCCUACCCCAGGCCAGGAACAGUUGUAAAGAAGAAGACCCGAAACUCAAGACUGGCAGCACCAGCCGCCAGCACGCAGAGCACCACCAACUUCACACCAAUGUCCAGAAUAAUGAAAUCGUCUACAUGUAUCAGUGUCCAACAAGCGAAGCAGCAGCAGCAACACCAGCUACAGCAGUUGCAUGCUCCAGGGGAACGCAGGCGAAAGAUCAAAGGUGCAGCAGCCGAGCACGUCAAGCGACCAAAGAAUGCGUUUAUGGUUUGGUCAUCCUUGGAGCGGAAAGAGAGGAUGGCCAAAAACCCCAAACUGCACAACGCCGAGAUAAGCAAGGACUUGGGACGGGUGUGGAAGUCAAAGACGGAAGACGAGAAGAAGCCCUUUUACGAUAUGGCUAAAAGAGAGAAGAUUGAACAUCAGGCGAAGUACCCUGAUUACAAGUACCGGCCUAAGAAGAAGCCAGUCAAGCUUGAGCCAAUGGUUGAGCUUGUCUCUAAGAAGCCUGUGGCACACUCUAGAUCAAGAGACACAGCAAGGAGAUCAGGUAGCAAGAAACCAGCCGGACGAGCAAGACCAAACGUUCACCAGGAGCCGUUGAUACCCGAUUUGAAACGCCGCUGUAUUCUUCAGCCAAGCUUACCCCAACGCAAUGCAGCAGCCGCGACUGUCUGCUCUCAAUCUGCUCGCAGUGCAUCCAGCAAGCCACCGGGCAAGACAUCCAGCAGUGUAUCCAGUUACACAGUGCAGCAACCACAAGCCUUGCCAGGCGAUGACCUGGAUAUUGCGAGGGACUUCAACACACCAGAGUCAUUGCCGUCCGACUCUGAAACAACAUCAUUGACGUCAGAUGAUACUGCACUGUUGCGUGAAAAGCUAGCCCAGCAUAUCGCAGACAACGGACAGGAUGGCAACGAAACAGUCGACAAGCACCAGCAGAAUUGCACUGCAGCUCUAACACCUAAUGACGACCUCCAGAAACCAUUGAGUGAAGACUUGCACUGCGCACAUCCUCCCUACGUAGCCGAAAACACAGAAACGCCACCGCUGUCUCCCUCAACGGCCGUAUCAGCGGAAGAGUACUCUUGCGACUCGAAUAGACCGCUCCAGUUCAGGUCUCCUGUCUACUACGAGUCCAGACAUACUUCCUCCAUGUGGGCUCCAAUCCGAGAUCUUGUGCCAGGUGCAGAGGAACUAAUCCACCUCGCGGAAAUGGCAGAAACAGGCGUGUUUCCUGUAUCAUUUGAAUGAUUUAUAACUGGAAUUUAAACACCGAGAAACGUUUGAGCAACCCUUUGAAGGUUUCUGUAUUAUUCUAUGUUGUUCAUAGUUUUAAGAUUAUGAUGUUGAGCCGGUACUUACACUGGUGCUCAAAGCUCCAAUUGUACUCAGUGAUAUUCAUUCUGACUUAACACCACACAAGGAGAGACAGCUUCCUUGCCUUUUGAUAUUGUUAUCAAUGUGAAAUUCUGGAUUGAUCUUCCCAGUAUUGCGAGUCUUGGAGGAAGAAGACUUUAACAUUUUAAAA